UUUCAUAUUUGUAAAUAUCAAAAUACAUACAUACAUUUUAAUAAUUAUUUUAAAAAAGUAUAAAGUAAAUGGAUACAAAAGAAAUUUUAACUUUUCAAUUUGGUAAUUAUUCAAAUUAUGUUGGUUCUCAUUGGUGGAACUUACAAUUUAAAGGAGUUUUCAUUUAACUACGACUCGCAAUCUGAGCCUUCUCAAAUCGAUCAUGGUGUAUUUUAUCGAGAGGGUCUAAAUGAAAAGGGUUACAUCACAUUCACGCCUCGUUUGCUUCUGGUCGAUCAAAAUGGAACAUUAAAUGGUAUUCCUGAAUCUGGCGGCUUAUAUAGCAAUUCUUUAACCAACCCUAAUCAUGAACUUGUUAAUGAAGAAGUCAAUAAAAAAUUAUUCAAUGAUAUUAAAAAAGAAAUAUCUUGGGAUUCAACGAAAAUUGAUAUUGUUCAAACAGAACCUUCAAACCAAGUGGAAAGCAAAUCUGAUAUAAAUGAAGAUUUAGAUGAAGAGACCCUUGAUGCAUGGAGCGAUUUUUUGUAUACUAGAUUCCAUCCUCGCACAAUUAAUAUUUUAAAAAAACAUAAGUUUUCGGCAGAAAAGGAAUCAAUUGACACUUUUACUUAUGGAACUACUUUGUGGAACUCCAAUAUUUUUCAAGAAACUUUUAUUGAUAAUAUUAGAAGGUACAUGGAGGAGUGUAAUAAUUGCCAGGGGUUUCAAACUCUAUUUGAUUUGUCGAAUGGCUUUUCUGGUUUAGCAUGUAAGAAUCUGGAAUAUUUGCAAGAUGAAUAUGGAAAAACAAAUUUAGCUGUUCCGCUUUUUUCGCCUAAAAGUAUAUUAUACGAAAACGCAGAUGAAAAAUUAAGUUAUGCGAUACGAUUGGUUAACAUAGCUGCAACCUAUUCGAGCUUGACUGAGCAUAGUAGUUUAUUUAUACCACUUUCUACCCAGGAUUAUAUUUGGAAAAAACCACCCAGAGCAAGAACAUUUAGAUAUAUGGAUUAUAAUUCAAAAAGCCUUUAUCACACUUCAGCAAUAUUAGCAACAUAUUUGGAAACAAUUAGUUUACGCUAUCGAUUAAGAAGUUCAGGUUACUCCUCACAUCUGUUUGAAUUUUGCUGUGAUCUAAAUAAUUAUGGACGUAAAUUAGCUGCUGCAGCCUUGUCGUUACCAUUUCCUUUGCGUCAAGAUGAAGAUUUGAUCGAUAUGUUAAACGAAAUAGACUAUCCUAUAUCAACUCAGUUAUCUCCCAAUUGUAAAAUUGGUACCGAUUAUAUAAUUCAGUCUGUUAGUGUAAGAGGGAUUCCGAAAAGUCGUCUUAAGAGACCUUUACAAGAAGCUCAAAAGCAAAUGAAAAUGGCUGCUUAUAGAUGUAGUUCUGUAUCCGAAAUGUUACAGCUGUAUUUUCAGUGCUCUAAUCACGCAAGUAUGGCUCAUGUUGCUGCUGUUGAAACACCAAUUCAUAUCAAAAAUUUAUAUCCUGAAAAAAUAUUUCAUCCGAAUUUAAAUAUCCAAGGUUUUCUAACUGGUCAUCAAAGGCAAACAAGGAUAAAAUCGAUUCCAUGCAUGGCUUCAAUUCAAAAUUCAACUGAUUUAUCGAAAACUAUAGAAUCAUUGCAUAAUGAAGCAAGACGUGUUAAUAUUUCAAAAAUACAUCGUUUUAAGGAAACUGGAAUGGAAGCUGAUGAUUACGUUGAAAUACUAGAAAAUUUAAUGCAGUUCAAAGAUGCUUAUGAGGACACUAUUGAUUUGUAAAUCUAAAAAUAUAUUCAAGUUUUCUUCAAAUGCACUUCAAAUGCUGAACAAGAAAAAUUAUCAACUGGAUUUAAGGAGGAAGUAAUGUACAAUAUUUUGAAGGCAAAUGCUACAGGAGGAGGUUCGGCUUCAUUUAUAAUCAAAGGUGUUCUUGGUUUGCUAAUUCUACCACUCAUGAUUUAAUACGAUUUUUUUUUUCAAGUAAAAUUAAAAAGUAUUUAUGUGUUUGGUUUUAAAACGAAAUUUUUAUAAAUUGUGAUUCAUUUCUUGUUGUAUAAUAAAAUAAUCUAAUAGCAAAAAUCUAAA